AUGUACGACUGGAAAGCCUAUAUCCGUGGCGUAAACGGUGAAGAUCUAUCUACUUUCAUUAAGAGCGUAACGUUUACUCUCCAUCCAAGCUUCCGUCAAAAUCAAAGAGUCAUUGAUCAUUUUCCUUUUGAAGUUCGAGAGCAAGGGUGGGGAGAAUUUGAAAUUGGCAUCAAGGUGGAAUUCAAAAACGACGCUGAGUCUCCAGUGACUUUUGGACACUCUCUCCUCCUUCAUCCUGUGAAUGGAGAGCCUAGCAAGGAGAACCCUGUUGUCAACGAGAUUUAUGACGAGUUUGUGUUUAGCGAUCCUACAGAGUACAUGUACCAAUUAUAUCCUGUCCACAGCAUUGCUGUUUCUUAA